CACCCAUAACACUACACACUGAAAACGGUAAAUCAUUAGAAAAUUUGCAUGAUUUCCAUUUAUGAAUAAUUUUGACUAGUGGGUUCUGCAUUUUGCUCUCCCGACGGCCAAUCUGAACCGGCGAUACUCGCCGGAGCUCAUAUUACAGCGGUUGAUUUCAAUGACUUCAUCACAACAUAAAUGAAGAACAACAGCGUGCCGCCGCCAUCCCAUAUGUUUGCAUCCUGCAAUGCCCUUUCUCUUCUCCCCAACUCGCAUUCUCAAGCCGUCAUUUAAGCCCAGUAACAAGAAUAAUACUUGCAUAGUCCAAAACUUUCUGAAUCUUUGCUCUCAAGGUCACCUUCAAGAAGCUGUCAAGUCUUUAGACCUCUUAGCGCAAAAGGGCAUUCGUUUGGACUGUAAAAAAUUAGCUUUUCUCAUACAGAAGUGUGCUGAGUCCAAGAAUUUGAAAUUGGGCAGAUGGGUUCACCUCCAUAUAAAGGUUACUGGUCUAAAACACCCCAAUGCAUUUUUAGCCAAUCAUUUGAUCAAUAUGUACGGUAAAUGCGGCGAUCACAUUGAAGCACGCCGAGUGUUUGAUAAAAUGAGCUUAAGAAAUUUGUAUUCUUGGAACAACAUGCUUUCUGGGUAUGCUAAACAACUUAUGGUAAAGCCUGCAAGGAGGUUGUUUGAUAAAAUGCCCGAGAGGGACGUUGUAUCGUGGAAUACUAUGGUAAUUGCCUACGCGCAGAGUGGUAUAUGUGAUGAAGCUUUGAGGUUUUAUAAAGAGUUGAGGAGGUCAGUUAUUGGGUUUAAUGAGUAUAGCUUUGCUGGAGUGGUGACGGUUUGUGUGAAGUUAAGGGAGUUGAGGCUAACAAAGCAGGUCCACUCUCAAGUUUUGGUAGCAGGGUUUUCACUAAAUGUGGUCCUUUCUAGUUCCAUUGUUGAUGCAUAUGCUAAAUGUGGGGAAUUGGGUGAUGCCAGGAAAUUAUUUGAUCAGAUGGGAAGAAGGGAUGUUCUGGCUUGGACCACUUUGAUAUCAGGAUAUGCCAAAUGGGGUGAUAUGGAGUCAGCCAGGGUGUUAUUUGAUGUGAUGCCUGAAAGGAAUCCUGUUUCUUGGACUGCUAUGAUUUCAGGUUAUGCUCGUAAUAACAAGGGACAUGAGGCCCUUGACUUGUUUAUGAAGAUGAUGAUGCUUUGCAUUAGACCUGAUCAGUUUACUUUUAGUAGUUGCCUCUGUGCUAGUGCAAGUAUAGCCUCACUCAAACAUGGUAAACAAAUCCAUGCACAUUUGAUAAGGAUUAAAUUUAGGCCUAAUUCAAUAGUUUUAAGUUCUCUCAUUGACAUGUAUUCAAAGUGUGGUUGUCUGGAACUUGCAAAGCAAGUUUUUGAUGUUGUGGGUGACAAACAAGACGUAGUAUUGUGGAACACAAUGUUAUCUGCACUUGCACAGCAUGGUUCUGGUGAGAAAGCAAUAAAUUUGUUUGCUGAAAUGGUGACAGUGGGCGUUAGACCAGACAAAAUCACCUUUCUUGUUCUUCUCAGUGCAUGUAGUCACUCAGGGCUUGUGCACGAGGGACUUAGGUUAUUUGAGUCAAUGAAUCGCGAUCACAAUAUUGUUCCAGAUCAGGAACAUUAUUCUUGCUUAAUUGAUAUUUUAGGUCGAGCAGGACGAUUCCAUGAGGUAAUGGAUCAUCUAAGAAAGAUGCCAUGCAAACCGGACGAACAUGUCUGGAAUGCCUUAAUUGGUGUUUGUACGAUGCAUGGAAAUAUAGAGCUGGGAAGAAUAGCAGCAAAACACCUUCUUCAGUUGAAUCCUCAAUCACCAGCAAUCUACAUAUCACUGUCAAGAAUAUAUGCAGCACUUGGCAAGUGGGACUCUGUGAUGAGGUUGAGACAGCUAAUGAAUGAGUGGAAUGUUAGCAAAGAACAAGCACUUAGUUGGUUAGAAAUAGAUCAUAACUUGCAUCAAACUACUGUAUCUGAUAAAGUCAAUUCAUCAUCAUUAGGAGAAGCUAACCCACUUGUUGAACUGUUGGCUGAUCGCGGUGGAAUAUGAUCACCCAGUAACAAAUGGUGAAGACAGAACCUUUUCCUAUUUUGAAAUGUUUUGUCCUGGUGAGUAAAAAAGGCAUACGAAGUUACUUUUUUUAAACCCCUGUAUUUCUUAUUGAUUAGAUUAUUAAUGAAACACCCCACUAGAUGGGAAUCGGAGAGGAGAUUUGUCUUUUUUCGGAAUCUUUGUAUAGAUGGGAUGGAAACAUCCAUAUUUGUCUUUUUCAUUGCUUUCUUAGUGCAUUCUUAAGAUGGGCCCUACAAUACCAUAUCUGGUCAAUUUAGCUUUUCACAUUCUUGAUAGUGUUGAAAUAUCUUUUCCUAAAUUGUUCAUGAAUUUAGUAAUAAGAGGUCUACUUGUCAGUAUAAGAUCUUCGCACACGAUUGUAUCUUUGCUUUCCUUCUCUUCCUCUUUUGCUUUCUUGGAUUGUAAUUUUUUAAGUACCUGCUGUUUGUCUUUAGAGGAAAACUUUUCUGCUUGUUGAAUUCCUUUCAUUGUUCUUUUGUUCAAAGUUUCAAGGUUUAUUAUGGGUGGGUAGGGAGAUAAAACCUCUCAUUCCUACCUAUGAAAUAAGGAAAAAUAGAUGCUUCAAGGUGAGUAUGUCCCUCACCCACUUGGCUAUCUGCAGUAAUUAAUUAAGCAUUGAUUAACAAAUCAAAAUGCAAGAUUUGGGUUUUAAGAUGGUAUCUGCUACUUGCACAUGCUCAGUCAGCUAAUAGAUUCCUUGAAUCUUUGUUUGAUGGACCUUUAAAAGUUUUAUUUAUAACAUGAUAAAAUGAGAAAUGUGCUGUUCUUGGGGGAUUCUAUCAUGCAUUGGUUUCCUGGUUUUCAACUAUUCUCCAAGAGACAUUGCCAACAUUGUGAGUUUUCUUUUUGUGGAAGAAAUCCUGGGUAACCAGUAAUACCAGGCAAAGGAUUUUUUUUUCCCCAGUCUUGUGUAUUGUAUUUGGACUGCUUUAACCCUGUAUGGUGCAUCGACCUCCGUAUUACUGCACAUAAUUCUACUUACUUAUCUGUUCCUUUUUAACUUUUUUAUCCUUUGACUGCUUAUUUAUGUUUGAUUUUCUGGUUGAUCUGUUUUGGUGAUGUACUCGUUUUCUGUCUCGUCGCUGGUGACUUUUAUGUCCAGACUUUUGCCUGUUAUGUAUUUUCAUUCAUGUUAAUAACCAUCAUGUUUUAGGAGGUCUGGCUUAUUCUCUUGGCUUGGCAGUUAAGUUUAGUAUUCUGAUCUAUUUAUAACUCAAUUCUUUCUUUUAUAUUGUUUGGUUCACAUUAUAUGCUACGAGUCCCAAAAAGCCAGUUUGGAAGGUAGGAUUAGGGAUGUUAAUGGAUGAAAAUGAAAUUUAAUAAAAAAGAAGAGAUAUGGUGUGGCGGAAGGCUAUGACUUUCAGCAAUAAUGGAACGUUAAGAAUUCCCUUUUUCUUUUUCCUUCAUAUAUUUUCUAAAUUUAAACAAAAUAGUAAUUUUGCUCAGUUGUAGUAAGUGGAGGUUUUGCUGAUAGGCCAAAUGGACAACUUCACAUGAUAAAUGAUCUGUUUGCAUUAUUGAGAUGGACAAAAAAUUGGAGGAUUUGUAGCUCAAUUCAUAGAAGCAUGGAUAUUCUUAAGAUGUUUAGCAAAUGAAGAUGCAUUGUGGCUAGCUGGAUGGGGAUAAGCCCAUGACUUUACUUGGAUUGAGCAAAUCUAUACUUUCAGGCAGUUUUUAAGAUGGAGUAAAUUAAAAUUGUACAUAGAAGCUGUUCUGAGUCUAUUAUGGUGGUAAGUUGUUGGAAAUGAUAUGUUGAGAGUCUGAUUGUCUUUGCUGCUGCUUUUUUAAAAAAAAAAUAAGAAUUCCAUUUAUAAGAUGAUUAUUUUUUUAUUUCAUUUUCUUUCCCUCUCUUGAUAGGAUUUUAUGCUUGAGUUGGAGUCUUGUUCCUCUUUUCUAAAAUCAUUGCAUAACAGAAUGGCUUCAUUCACUUAAAUUUGUAUUUCAGUCCCUUCUGCUGUUUUUGUUGGUCUUUUUUUUAAAAAAAAAAAAUUUAGACACUUUACUUCUUUUCUCCCCUUCACUGACUUGUAUCCUUAAACGUCUAUGAAAUGAUGAUUUAACGCCUUAAUUGUAUUUUUUUCCCUGGUUUAAGAAGGUAACAUUUGGAGUUAUUGAAGGAGGUCUUUGUUGCAGCUAAUCAGUGAAUUGGGAUUGUGGAAAAAAUGCAGUUGGUUCAAUGACAAAGAAUGUGAAAAGGACUGUGCCAUUCUUUUGAGAGAGUUAGAUCUGGGAGUGAAUCACAGACAUAUUUCUUGAAUGAAAAAAUAGAGUGAAAGCACCUGCUUCUAGAAAUGAUUAUUUGAAGCUUAUAAAUCAAUGAAUUGUAUGAAGCACACCCAUAUGCUUGAACUGAAGAUUUGGGCAAUCCAUGGCAUAGAAGUACAAAUCAAAUCAGUUGAAACAGUACCAAAAAGUGGUUUUGUAAUUUGAGGCCUCAUAGAUUGAAGUUCAUGUAAGCAAUAGUCACUCUACCUCUAAGCUGGUCUAUGGCUCCUGUGAAGAUAGAUUGCAGUAUUUCAGCUCAUUAUUGUUUUUAUUUCUUGUUGGAGUGGACUAUGCUUUAAUUCGUAGGUAUAAGGGAGUCUUUUGUUUUGCAGCUUGAUUCCUUUGCUGAGGCAAAGAACAGCUUCAUGAUAUCUCAUGUUUUGGGGGUGCUUUCUUGCUUUACAAGAUGCCUUGGAGAAAAGGUUUGCCAGCAUUUUGUGAAGAUCACAUGCAGUUGAUGAUGUCAGAUAGGCAGUCAUGAAGUUUGGAAGCGAAGUUUAAUUUUGAAGGAAAACAGUGCUGAGCUUGGACAUGAUCAAACUAAGGCCAUGGGAUAGUGGUGAUAUAUUUUUGAAGAACCAAAUCGCUGCCUCUUCUGGCCUUUCUAAAAGAAGAUUUGUCUUGAUUCUGGCCAUUUAGAUUUUUUUUCCCCAUCUCACUGCUUAUCUCCUUCCAUCAGGAUACUCUUUUUUGCUUUUUGGUUGGUCAGGUUGGAGUCUGUGGUGACCAGGAUUACUGACACAAUUGGAAUUCGAUCCAUUGAUACUCCUGAAUUUCACUGAUUCCAUAACACCAUUGGUGAUGAAACUGCAGCCUUGUAUCAAUGCCAACUCAAUUUGCAAACUUGGAGAUUCUGGGAAUUGGGAGUAAUCUCAUUUCCAUGCUAAUAUCAGACCCAUCCUUUGUCUGCACUUUUCUCAAGCAUGCCUAAAAACACCACUUGUUCUGAAGCACAGAAGCAGACAGCAGUAGUUGAAGGGAGUGACUUUGACAAUUUUACCUUUACCUUCAGCUGUUGAAUGGGUUUUCAGUUUGACAGUAAAAGUAGGUCAGAGUAUUUGAAUGCCAACAACAUAGUAAAAAUGUAGAAUUGGAUAAACUCUUGAAUGGGGAUAUAACAGAUAUCUCUCUUUUUUUUUUUUUUAUCAUUUACUUCUGAAUGACGGUAUAGUCAAAUGCUCGAAUUUGUUCAUAGCCCUUUCUUGGUUGAUGUUAGUAACUUCUGAAACUAUUUCUGUGAAGUUAUGGCAUUUGCAGUUGCACUUAACAAGACUAUUGGAAUGAACUUAUUUAGAUG